CCACGCUACACUGACAUUCCGAUAGUACUGAUAACAAAUUCUAUAGAUAAAUAUUUUUUUGCUGACUCUUUGAAUACGAUCGGUGCUUAUUUUGACGUAUGACAAAAUAGGGCUAUGUGAACGAUUUCAUUUAUUAUUGAAACAAAAAAUAAAUAAAAUUUAAAAAUUAAUUUGUGCUACUUUUAAAGUGAAGUGAUCGUGGUGUUUGUUAAUAAUGACUAGAUUAGUAUUAUUGGUGCUUGUUGACAAUUUGUGAUGGUGAUAUUUUACAGAAUUAAGCAAAUAUGUCAUGACAAAAACAUCGGGCUCCAGUGCAAUGCAAAGCUAAAUAGGAGUGCAACAUAAAAUGUUAUCGCAUGCGGCAAAACGGAGAAGCACCUGGAGCCGCGAGUGACCCGCUCGGAGUGCCGCCAUGCAGGAGAUCUGCAACACGGCGCUGCCGCUGGACGCCAACCCGCUGGCCAGGAAGAUCAAAUGCGAGGAGUUCCCCGCCAUCGGGCGCAAGCCGCGGGGCAUGGUGCGCGAUGACAUGGACGAGGAGUUCGGGCUGAAGAGCCGCGGCACGCCGGAGGGCGAGCUGGCGCGCAUGGAUCACGGCGGGAACGGGUUCUGGCUGGCGGCGGUGACGGCGGCCGGCGCGCCGCACAUGCUUGACCCCUGCACGGAGACCGGCUUCAUCAACAGCCAGCCCUCCAUGGCGGAGUUCAUGACGGCGCUGCCGCAGCUGGGCGCCGAGCUCAGCCCGCAGCACACGCCGCCCGGCUACGCGCCCGACCUGCCCUCGCCCGCCUCCUCGCUCAACGUGCCCGAGUACCCCUGGAUGAAGGAGAAAAAGACCACCCGGAAGAACAGCCAGCAAGAGAAUGGUCUGCCGCGGCGGCUGCGCACCGCCUACACCAACACUCAGCUGCUGGAGCUGGAGAAGGAGUUCCACUUCAACAAGUAUCUGUGUCGGCCGCGACGGAUAGAGAUUGCUGCCUCUUUGGACCUUACCGAGAGACAGGUGAAAGUCUGGUUUCAAAACAGACGGAUGAAACACAAACGCCAAACGCUAACCAAAAGCGAAGACGGCGAUGACAAGGACUCGACAACUUCAGAGGGCGGCAAGAGCUCCAAGACCGGGCUGGACAAGAUGUUCGAGGACGACGGGCCGCUGUCCGGCAAGAAGAGCUGCCAGGGCUGCGAGCUGCCGCCCGGCGCGCUGUGCGGCGAGGAGCCGCCCGAGCCCGGCCUGCGCACGCGCAACAACAACACGCCCAGCGCCACCAACCACAACAGCUUCGCGAGCGACGGCGCGUCCAGCGUGGCCUCCUCCGCCGAGCUGGACAAGCUGGCCGAGGACGACUCCCGCGACGCGCCGCCCGCCGCCGCCCCGCGCCACCUCGCCAAGCGGAUCAAGCAGGAGUCGCGCAAGCGCUCCCCGUCGCUCGACGCCGCCGGCUGCAAGGUCUCCCCCUCCUCGUCCAAGGACGCGCUGGGCUCGCUGGCCGGCCUGCCCGACGGCGCCAAGUACUCGUCCGUGAGCCUCACGCCCUCGUCCGCGCCGGGCACGCCGGCCAGCCUGCACGCCAGCCCGCUGGGCCCCUACCCGCGGCCCUCGCCGCCGCACGCGCCUCCCGCCCCGCCGCACACGCAGCCCGUGCCCAACGCCAUGCCGCCCUACGUCAUACGAGGAAACGCCCCACCCGGACAGUUCGUUCCUCACCCCGACUUCCGCAUGGAUUCGAAGCAGUUCGUGGGGAAGAUGUCGCAGUACCAGCAGGGCAACCGCGGCUACGAGUCGUACGGCGGCGCGGCGCCGGCGGGCGAGCAGCACGGGUACGCGCGCGGGGGGCAGCUCGCGCGGGCGGACGCCGCGGCCGGCGCGCGCGGCAACGGGCUGGCGCGCCAGGCCUACCCGCAGGACAUGUACCAGAACUACGGCUACCCGGCGGGCUACGGCAAGGAGCAGGCGGGCUACGGGCACGCGGGCUUCGAGCAGGCGGCGGCGGGCUACCCCGAGCACGCGGCGUACGCGGGCGGCCACUACGGCUACCACUACCACGAGGCGGCGCCGGAGCACGCGCACCCCUACUACCCGCCCGACGCGCAGAAGACCCACGGGAACGAAUACUUGAAGAACGCGUACUACGACGGCAGCGGCGGGUACGGCGGCGGGCAGGGCGCGGGGUACGCGGGGGCCGCGGGGGGCGCGGGGGCGGCGGAGGGGUUCGCGGGCGCGGAGUGCGGCGCGGGCGCGGACGGCUACGGCUCGUUCCAGCAGUUCUACGAGGCGACGCACGCGCCCGCCGCCGCCGCCGCCGCCGCCGCCGCGGGGGGGGACAACUCCAACUCCUCGUCCGACUUCCACUUCCUCAGCAACCUCGCCAACGACUUCGCGCCGGAGUACUACACCAUUUGAGAUAAGGACUUCGCCGAGCAGGCGAAUCUGUUCGUUUAAUGCUUUUGUCGCAAACUAUAAUAAUUGUGUCCGAAUCACACGAGGAUAAAUCAUGACAGUGGCGACGACAAGGAACUGAUAAUGUGGCUGCGCCAAAGGCGACGGCAUAGUUACAUAAUUAUUUUACUUUGGUUGAUAACUAUUUUCUAUGACUACGAUAUAUUAUAUGGAAUCAUUUAGAUACAUAAUUAAUAAUGUAAUUAACUGUAAAUAGCUACCCAGCUUUUACUUUCAAUAUUUUUACUUAGGUAUAUUAAAAUAAAUUAUUUAAGGUAUAAAUAAUAAGACAUCAUAAUGUAAAAUGAUGAGUAAAGUAAUGAAGUGGUUGGCCAACACCUAUGUUAAAUACAUAAUACUACAAACCGUUAAAGAUAUCUUCACCAGUAAAAUAAUCAUUUGUUUUCUAAUUAAAUUCAUCACUGUGACCGAAAAAUUUCUGUCCUCUGGCAUACCUUCCCUGUAUAACUGUAUCAAUCAUCUUGAUAUUGGUCGUGUUCACAAUCUUAACUAUUAUAGAAUCAUAUUGGUUUACUAUUAUAUUAUUCUAGUAACGUUUUAUUAAUACUAGUUGUUGCCUUAUUUAGUUAAUAUUGUUUCGUGACUAAGAAGUUGUAGAUAACUAAGAAAAAUAAUUUAUA